GUGAAAUAUAGAGGGGGAAAAGGCAAAUGUGCAAAAUUAACCCUAAUUCAUAGAAAAACCCUGCUAGAAUUGAAGUUUCACGUUUCAAAAGAGUCAUCACUACACUAAAAUUCGCCGCCGCCACCGGUACCGCUUUUUUGAGAAAAGGAUGGAUGUUUACAGCUGAUAUUAAUUCAUCUACUUGCACAUGAUGCUGAAUAUUGAUAUAUGUAUAGAUACAGUUUUUGUUCCAUCUAUAUGAAAUAAAUUUGUUCGUCUAAUUGGAAUCGGGUUCAAAAUUCUACCUUUUUGUGUUGUACCAACAGAAAUUUGACUACCUGCAUUGUUUCUGCCCAAGAGAGAAAAUAGGGGCUAUAGGAUUGGGUCGAUUUAGUGAAAGAUGAUGCGAAUUACUGAAAUCAAGAAAUUAUUGCCCUUGCAAUCAUCUUUGGAGUCGUUAAGCUAUCAAUAUUUUCAAAGAUGCUCCGUCAGUGGAACAGCAAAGGGGAAGGGCAAAAUCAAAGCCGGACAGGCAUUGAAGCGAUCAAAGGUCACUAUUAAAAAAGGCUCAGCAGUUUCUUCUCCAACAGAAGGACCUAGAAGGAGAAGUGAAUUUGACGAAAUGGUUGAUAAAUGCUUGAGUGCAACUUCGCCAGUCAGAUUCUUGAAGCCUAAAGAAAAGGCGAGGGAAACUGAGAGAGAGAAAAUGGGGCUCAUAAGCAAAGCCCGUGAGCAGGAGAUUCAGAAGCUGAAGAAGAAAGGAAAGGAUUAUGAUUCACCAAUGAUACUUGGGACUCCAGGUAUGGAUUUGAUAACCUUAGGUGCAGUUGACGCUGAUAAAAUUCCAAAGUAUGAGCUGACUGUUGAGGACGGGCGGAGGCUUGCAAAAGAGUAUAGUAGAAUUUUGAUGAGGAAACACAGAGCAAGACAGGCAGCAGAGUCAACACUCUUAAGGUUGAAGAAGGAAGCAAUUGAGGCAUUGCCUGAGAACUUGAAGGCAGCUGCUUUGGUACCAGAUUUGACACCUUUUCCUGUGAACAGGUUUAUGGCGACAUUGACGCCACCUAUUGAAGGCUAUAUUGAAAAGAUUAACGAGGCAGCUAGGAAGAGUGCUGGGAAAGAGAAGCUCAGAUAAUGCGAGAUGAUCUCCCGUUUCAGCAGUGCUGUUUAUGAAUGAACUUGAAAUCUUUGCUGGGUAGUGAACGAGACCUAGUCUCCUAUUUAACAUACUCAACCCCCUGCUUAGAUGGACAAAAGUAAACUAAGUUCUACUGAAUAAUGUUUGCAGCUCUGUAGAAUGAUAUAUACUCUUCAGGUUGGGUUUUGAUGGCCAUGGCUUGUGCAUUUACGCUGUCUUCUGCCAUGACUAAAUGAACUAGGUGUGAGUUUGCACAAAUGCAUGUUUGUUAUGUAGUACUAGAUUGCACUAAGUUUUAAAUGUCUUUUUCUUCUUUAA